CGGAUUUUAAGAGAAUUUGCGCCUCCACGAGCGGCUGAGCCGUUUUGUUGGAGAUGAAGGUGUCGAAGUCAUCCUCGAGCUUCCGAUGGGACUCUUCGCUGCAGCGUCGACUAUAUAGGGGUCGACGGAGCCCCAAUCAGCGCCGGAGAGGACGGAGGGUAGGAGGACGUGGACCAGAAUGACAGCGUCCUCAGGGUGGAGGUAUUGGCGCACGACCCACUUUACGGCGAAGGCCGAUUCGUCACCGAGGUCUUGCGCUGGCAGUUGGCGUUGGGUGUCUCUGUCUGCAUUUCUGUGGGACUUUGGAUGAUACUGCCAAGUAUCUUAUCACCUAAAAAAAUCAUGUCCAGUUUCAUCCGGGGAAAAUCUAAUUAGGACGACCCGAUCCUUCCACCACCCGAUUUACCGACAAUGGACGGACAUGUUUGAGGCUUUUUAGAUCGUGGCAUUCUCCUCAUAUGAACUUGUUUUCGUAUCCAGGGAGCAUGAUCUUCAUUUUUUGUAGGAAUUUGGAGGGACAAGUUCAUCGUGUUUUGCAGAAUACAGGAGUGGCUGAGAAAUACAAACCAAGUUUGGAUAAAGGCAUACCUGGUAAUGAGACUGAUCUCAUGAACAGAAAGAACCUUUUGGGUCAAAUACAUAUCCUUGGAAGAAGGAAGGAGUGUCUGGUUGCUGCAGCAGCCCCUUUGGCCCUUGGUAUUAACACCGAGGGUGUAAAAGAAGGUUGGUAUGAUGGAGGAAGUAUUGUCAUUGCAGUUCUUGUAGUCAUUGUUUUUACAGCUGCAAGUGAUUAUAAACAAUCGCUUCAGUUCCAAAAUUCGAACGAAGAGAUCUGGUGUUUAGAAAGAUCUCUCUUUCUCCCUGGGGAGAAUGCAUCCCUUAGUAUUCAGAGGACAUCAAUCGUAGAGCUGCAAUGGAUGUUUGAGUUGAUUGCUUUGUUGCCUUCACAUGUCUACAGAUACCUGCAGAUGGACUUGAGAUAUCUUGUGAUUCCCUUUCGAUUGAUGAAUCAGGUGACUGGGAAGAUUAAAAUUGAUCCUACACAAACGCCCUUUCUGAUGUCUGGCCGCACGGUAGCUGAUGGUUGUGGCACUAUGCUGAUAUUUAUCUCUGUAUAG